ACUCAGUUAUCGGGAGACGCCGACUCUUCAGAACAACAUUGACCCACAACAGAUUAGAAUCCGCCCCGGAAACCGUAUCAUUCCUCGGCGGGCGUGUUGUUGUCCUGGAGUUGGCGACUCGGUUGAGACUUCGGAGACUCUACCUACCCACUUACCGCGUAUCCAGCGAGCUCAAGCCCGUGCGUGGAUUGGCCAUGGCGCACGAGCUCAGCUCCUACCGGGAUCAGCAUUUCAAGGGUUCUCGUACGGAACAGGAACGCCUCUUAGCCCAAAGUUGCACGUUGUAUGUGGGCAAUAUGUCGUUCUACACCACGGAGGAGCAGUUGUACGAGCUCUUUGGCAAAUGCGGCGACGUCAAGCGGAUCGUGAUGGGCCUGGACAAGUUCAAACGCACGCCCUGUGGUUUCUGUUUCAUCGAGUUCUACAAUCGCCAGGACGGCGAGCACGCCAUGGCUUACAUCAACAGCACCCGACUAGAUGACCGCAUCAUUCGGACGGAUUGGGACGCCGGAUUCGUCGAGGGCCGACAGUAUGGGCGGGGCAAAAACGGAGGACAGGUGAGGGACGAAUAUCGGACAGAUUUCGAUUCUGGACGGGGUGGAUACGGUCAAAUUAUGCAACAAAAGCUCCAGUUGGGCGACUUCUUGACGUAAGGACGCGCUGAAUGACCAACCUCUGCGUCACCUCAAACGUGUUAAUACUGUUUCCAUAUGGAACCUUUUCCCAAUACAAAUCAUAUCCCAUGUCAUGAAAUGAAA